AUGCCGACCAUCGCUGUUUCCAUCAGCACCACAGCUGUCGGCGCCAAGGCCUCCGUCUCCAAGAAAGGCUCGAAGAAAAUGGUGAUGAAAAUGUCCAGAAAGGGCAGCAGGAAGCACAGAGACAUCUUCGAGCGGGUCGCCGGUGAGGCUUCCCGCCUGGUCCAUUACACCAGGCAGCAGACUAUCUGCUCCCGGGACAUCCAGAGCACUGUCUGCCUCCUGCUGCCAGGGGAACUGGCCAAACACGCCAUCUCUGAGGGCACCAAGGCAGUCACCAAGUACACCAGCUCCAAGUAG